CAAACAAUCCAUUUUGUUUCAUAUGGAAGGACGGCAGUUCGUUUUCUUUCUUUCAUAAUCUCAUUUCAAUUCGAGUUUACGACGACGUCGUUGAAUACGUUUUGACGUCAAGAUAUUUUGUUGUCGUACGGGAUCGGGAGUGAAGGGAGUUUUAACAGCAUGCUUAUUGUGUGAAAUAGUGAUCGUGAAGGAUUAUUAACAUCCUUUUUAUUUGUUUGUUUUCAAGUAACUAUAAAAAAAUGGUUCAGGAUUACGUGUCUCCAGUUAGGGUACAUAAGUAUCCCUUCGAAAUGGUGAUGGCCGCAUACGAGAGACGGUUUCCGAGCUGCCCGCAGAUCCCUGUGGUGAUCGAGUGCGCCAUUACGGAUGAUAGCUGGUCUUCCGAUGACUCGCAAAGGCAUACCACCAGGCGUUGUCAGUUGAAUGUAGAAGCGCCGUAUUUGUUAAAAAAGAUGAUUGGAGUAGACUACAUCUACUUCAUUCAAAAGAACCACUUAGACUUGAAGAACAGGGUGCUCGAGAUCGAGGCAACUAAUGAGACUUUCUCCACGAGGGUGGGGGUCGUGGAGAAGUGUCGGUAUUACGUACACCCCGAGAACUCGGAGUGGACGUGCUUCGAACAGAGCGCGACCCUCGACGUGAAGAACUUCUUCGGUCUGGAGAACACGGUGGAGAAGAUAGCCAUGAAACAGUACGCGGCGAAUAUUGCCAAAGGCAAGGAAUUAAUCGAGUCAUUCAUGCUGGAAGUCCACGCGGACGGUAUCAAGGAACUCAAGCCGUGGAAGGUGGACACACCGGGCCACAACGCUGAACUGCGGCGGAUCGUGUCUCGCGGUGCCGAGCCCAUGUCGCCGACCGCUGUCACCGAACCCAAGAGACAUUCACAACCUGACCAGUACACGCUGGACAGCGAUUAUAUAAAGCGGUACCUGGGCGAGCUGACGCCCAUGCAGGAGUCCAGGCUCCUGCAGCUCAGGAAGCUGAUCGCCGACUUACAGAAGGGGAAGGUGCCGAGUGACACCACCCUGCUACGCUUUCUGCGCGCCCGCGAUUUCAACGUGGAGAAGGCGCGAGAGAUGCUCUCGCAAUCGCUGCUCUGGCGGAAGAAACACCAGGUGGACAGGAUCCUCUCGGAGUACGAGACGCCUGACGUCGUGAAGCAAUACUUCCCUGGCGGGUGGCAUCAUCAUGACAAGGACGGACGUCCGCUAUACAUUCUUCGACUUGGCCAGAUGGAUGUCAAGGGAUUGCUCAAAUCGGUCGGCGAAGACGGCCUCUUGAAGUUGACCCUUCACGUGUGUGAAGAAGGCCUCAAACUGCUAGAAGAGGCGACGCGCUCGUCCGAGCACGCGGUGCACUCGUGGUGCCUGCUGGUGGACCUGGACGGGCUCAACAUGCGCCACCUGUGGCGGCCGGGCGUGCGCGCGCUGCUGCGCAUCAUCCAGAUCGUGGAGGCCAACUACCCGGAGACCAUGGGCCGGGUGCUCAUAGUCAGGGCGCCCAGGGUCUUCCCGAUACUGUGGACUAUUGUUAGCACGUUCAUCGACGAAAAUACACGAAGUAAAUUCCUAUUUUACGGCGGUAAAGACUACCUGCAGCCGGGCGGUCUUCUCGACUACAUACCCAAGGAUCUGAUACCGGACUUCCUCGGUGGACCUUGCAAGACGGACAUUGUUGACGCGUCGUUGUUCGUGCCGCAACAAUAUUACUAUUACAGUUUCGUGCACGAAGGCGGACUGGUCCCGAAGAACUUGUACGUGGCCGGUGUAUUCACUGAGCGGGACGGUGACCCGCUGAGCGAGGACAGCGUGUACCGAUGCGUCAGUCUCGGCAAGGGACAGUUGCACGAGGUGAUCGUGGUGAACCGCGACCCGCAGAGCGUGCUCACGUGGGACUUCGACGUGCUGCGGCACGACAUCGCCUUCACCGUGUACCGCAGCGACCACGAGCUCGACCACCAACGCGACGACGACGACAACUCCGCUGCAGGUCUGUGCGUGGGCGUGGGCGGCGGCGAGGAGGCGGCCGCGCGGUCGCUGCUGGAGCGGCGCGGCUGGCGCGAGGGCCACCACUACCACCGCGUCGAGCCCACCCUCGUCUGCCACGACGGCGAGAGCAUACAGGGCUCGCAUGUGAUGAUGGAAUCCGGCAGCUACGUGCUGCAGUGGCGCUGUGAGCUCUUGGAUACCACACACCGCGCCGCCCAGCUUGUCUACUUCCACGAGACGCUCGCCAGCCACCAUUACAAGGGUUCGAUGUCAAGCCUGCAAUCUGGCACCAGUGGCUUCUCUUGCCUCAGCGGCAAGUCUGCGGCGAGCUCGUGCCCCUCGCGGUGAUGGCCUCCGUUGGCGCACGCGCCGCACCCGCCGCUCUCGUCACACUCGCCACACUCACCACACUCGCCACAUUCGUCACCCUCGCCACCGUCGGCUCCGUCGCCGCCGCUCUACAGCUAAGCUUCAACAUCUCGGCUGUAACUUGUUACUAAUUGAGGACUACGUAAGUAACUAUGCAGAAUUCUUAGUGCGAAUUUUCAAAUAAACUCUAUCUCUACUAUCGAUAAUAGAAUAAUCGAAGGUUAAAACGUGAUAGUUCACGAUUGGUCGUUUGUAACAUUAUCCUAACUUUGUGCAAGUCAAAGUGUAGUGUUUGGGUGAUUCUAAAUCCCGGAUCGUAAAGUAAUAUAAUUUAAGUAAACUCGCACUAAGCACUCAGAGCUCAAGCUAAUAAUAUUCAGAUAACUUCAUGCGUGUCUCUUACGUAUCCAUCGGUGUGUGGACACAGGAUAGCAGGGAAUGAAAGAGCAUAGAAUGGUGUCUUCUAUACUCUAUAAUUUUGUUAUUCUGUAUGAGUCGCACAAGAAAUUAACUGAGUUUAUUGUACACACUCACACACAUACAAUGCGGCGAUGUGUGUGUGAGAUUAGUUUGUGACGUCAUCAAAUUUUAGAUAGGCAUGAACCAACGUUCAUUCCUGUCUUUAUAAAUGUAAUUCAGAUCUAAAAUUGUCUCAAACAAAAUAUUAAGAAUCUCUAUUGCCAUGCUUUGAAGAACUUGAAGAAAUAUAUAUAUAUAUAUAUAUA